CGGCUCCUUUCAGGCGUCACCGUUUUGUCUCUCAGCCCAGGGGGUAGAGGACUCCUGAGCCUUCAGGUCUCAGCGGUCUGGCAGAAGGCGGGGCCUGGACUCCUAGCAGGCUAGGAGCAGAGGCUGAGGCCGUCAGGUGAUUCCUGGAGCUUCAAGAUAAGGUCUCUUAUGACUUCUGUCUAUCAACUGUCUCUGCUCUGGCUUCAUAGUUUCUGCCCUUUGCCAAGAACAACAGAAAAUGAACAAGUUCAAGGGACCAGUGACACUAAAGGAUGUUACGGUGGAAUUCACCAAGGAGGAAUGGAAAUUACUGACCCCUGCUCAGAAGACUCUAUAUAAGGAUGUGAUGCUGGAAAACUAUGGUCACCUGGUUUCAAUAGGUUAUCGUGCAUAUAAGUCAAAUGCAUUUUUCAAGUUGAAGCAAGGAAAAGAGCCAUGGAUAUUAGAACUAGAAUUUCCACGUCGAAACUUGCCUGAAGACCUACGUAAUGCUCAUGACCAAGGAGCAAGAAAUCAGGAAAGCCAAGCUGGAAAUUCAAGGAAUGGAGAACUCACAAAACAUCAGAAAACUACUACUGGAGAGAAAGGCUAUGAAUGUAAGCAAUGUGGAAAGUUCUUCUGCCAGAAGUCUGCCCUCAUAGUACAUCAGCAUACUCAUUCAAAGAACAAAUCCUACGACUGCGAUAAAUGUGGGAAAUCUUUCUCUAAAAAUGAAGAUCUCACAAAACAUCAGAAAAUUCACACCAGAGAGAAAACCUAUGAGUGUAAAGAAUGUAAUAAAAUUUUCUACCACCUGUCAUCUCUUAGUAGACAUCUGAGAACCCAUGCAGGGGAGAAACCCUAUGAAUGUAAUCAAUGUGAGAAAUCCUUCUACCAGAAGCCACAUCUUGUUGAACAUCAGAAAACACAUACAGGAGAAAAACCCUUUGAAUGCACUGAAUGUGGGAAGUUCUUCUAUGUGAAGGCAUACCUCAUGGUACAUCAGAAAACACACACAGGUGAGAAACCCUUUGAGUGUAACGAAUGUGGGAAAGCUUUUUCCCAGAAGUCACACCUCACAGUACAUCAGAGAACACACACAGGUGAGAAACCCUAUAAGUGUAAGGAAUGUGGGAAAUUCUUCUCUAGGAAUUCACAUCUCAAAACCCAUCAGAGAACUCACACAGGAGAGAAACCCUAUGAAUGUAAGGAAUGUGGAAAAUGCUUUUACCAGAAGUCAGCUCUCACAGUACAUCAGCGAACUCACACAGGGGAGAAACCCUUUGAAUGUAAUAAAUGUGGGAAAAACUUUUACUAUAAAUCAGACCUCACUAAACAUCAGAGAAAACACACAGGGGAGAAGCCCUAUGAAUGUACAGAAUGUGGUAAAUCUUUCUCUGUGAAUUCAGUCCUCAGAUUACAUCAAAGGACCCACACAGGAGAGAAACCCUACAAAUGCAAGGAAUGUGGGAAAUCCUUUUCUCAGAAGUCACAUUUUAUCAUACAUCAGAGAAAACACACAGGGGAGAAACCCUAUGAGUGUCUGGAGUGUGGGGAAACAUUUAUUCAAAAGUCACAACUCAAUGCACAUCAAAAGGCACACACAAAGAAGGGAAAAACUGAUAAAUAGUGUAAGCUGAGAAAUCCUUCUGUCUGAAUUGCAUCCUUCACAAUAAUCAGAUAAUUCAUAUGAGGAAAACCUUAUGAAUUUCAAUAAGGAGUGACAUUCGUAAAGUUCAUUUAUAAUGAUACUGAAAUGUGAAUCCCUAGAGAUAAUCAUCACUAUGGUUAAAUGUUCAGCCAUAAUCUUUCCUCACAGUAUAUCAGCAAAUACAUAGAAAUUCUGUACAUUACAGAGAAAUUUUUACCAUAUGGUGGAGUUUACUAAAUAUCAGAUAACAUAGGUGGCAGAAAUUGUACAAAUUGUAAAACAUGAGUGGAACCUUUCUUUUAGAAGUCAUACUUAUGGUUUUAUAACAUAGAAAUUACACAGGAGAGAAAUACUGCAAGUAAAAUGAAUGUCAAGAAAUUUCUGUCAGGGCAGAAGACAUCCAAAAGGUCACAUGACUGAGAAACUCCUUUGAGUAAUCUGAGUAUUCUUUUAUUUAUUUAUUUAUUUUUGAGACAGAGUCUCAUUGUGUCGCCCUAGGUAAUGCUGUGGGGUCACAACUCACAGCAACCUCAAACGCUUGGGCUUAAGCAAUUUUCUUGCCCCAGCCUCCCAAGUAGCUGGGACUACAGGCACCCACCAUAAACUCCGACUAUUUUUUUGUUGUAGUUGUCAUUGUUGUUUGGCAGGCCUGGGUCGGGUUCAAACUCGCAAGCCCUGGUGUAUGUGGCUGGCGCCCUAGCUGGUGAGCUACAGGCACCGAGCCUAAUCUGAGUAUUCAAAAAUCUCUUUAUACAAGUGGAGCUCUUAUAUCAGAGAAUUCAGAAGGGAUUAUUGCAAAGAUUGUGACAGAUGUAGAAACCUUUAUCAAAAAUUAAUAUUUCAUUGAAUGUCAGUUUAGUGGUACUCUGAAUAUUUGAAAGAUUUUUUUUUUUUUUGAGACAGAGUCUCACUAUGUUGCCCUUGGUAGAGUUCUGAGGCAUCUCAACUCACAGCAAGCGAUUCUCUUGCCUCAGCCUUCCUUAUAGUUGGGACUACAGGCGCCCACCACAAUGCCCGGCUAUUUUUUGGUUGUAGUUGUCACUGUUGUUUGGCAGGCCUGGGCUGGAUUCAGUUCCGGUGUAUGUGGCUGGCACCCUAGCCACUGAGCUACAGGCGUCAAGCCAAUAUUUGAAAGAUUUUUAACAAGAAUUCAAAGAAUUUGAACAUGGGAAAUAAUUAUACUAGAAAUCAUGUUGCAGAUCUGAUUUCAAGGUUUUCUUCUUUUAAAGGAAACCUUUAAAUGUCUACAUAUAUGAAGCUUUUUAAAAGCACAAAUAAAUUCAAUAAUCAGGCAACAUCCUUAAACACAGAUGCUGAGUCCUUUAGUAUGCAGGACUUUUUGUAUGUGAGUGUGCUACAAAAUAUAAUUUGUGGAUAUUUGACAUGCAUGUGAAACCCAUCCAUAAUUGUCAUUAGGGAAAUAUACAACCUUAGUCCAAUAAUUUUUGUGUAUGAAGAUGUCUCACAUUAAGUCUCAGUAGAGACUUUUGUUGUUAAUGUAUGUAUUGUUAAUGUGAUAAUUCUUUUUUAAUUAUAAUGUAUCUCUUUAUCCUAUUCCCUGGCAUUUGUAAAUGGGAUAUGGACAUUGUUACUAAACUAACGCUUCAAAAAGAAGCUAAAAUGUUUUUGUAAAAUUUUCAGCUGUCUCAUGGUCAACCAGAUUUUGCAUUUACUUAUAGCAAAAGUCUGAGCUGUUUUUAAAGCAGCUGAAAACAGUAAUAUUUAUUAUAGUCUACACAAUGAAAUAGAAUAGUGCCAUAUAAGAAAUAUUAUUUAUCAUAGUGUUGAUGUUCUAGUAGGAUGCAGAGCUAUCUGUGUUUGUAUUUUGUCUGGGAGUCCUAAAUGUUCUUCACUACCUUUUUCUUCCCAUUAGAAGUAACAUGGCAUAGUCGAGGGUGUGGACUCUAGAAUUCUUCCACCAGGCCCAGAUUCCAGCCCAGGACAUGCCACCUCACUUCUCUGUGCCUCAGUUCUUUUUCUGUAAGAGUAGUGAUUGUAACAAUUUAGGAUUGUUUUAAAGUCCAAAUGAGUUACUAUUUUUAAAGCACUUAGGAUAGUGUCUGAGAUACAAGAAGAUAUGUUAGAUAUUAUUGUCAUUAUAAUUUGUAUUUCCUGAAUUAUGCUGGGGGG